AUGCCGAUCCCAUGCGUGAGCGCGGGGACGGGACUGACCACCCCUUCGCCCCCCGCCAGCCCCAAGAAGGGCCGUUCGCUCAACAAGGUGAAGUCCCCAGGCACCGUACGGCGCCUCUCCAUGAAGAUGAAGAAGCUGCCGGAGCUACGGAGGAAGCUGAGCCUACGCAGCACCCAGCUGCUGGCGAAAGCCGGGGCGCGUGCCGAACCGGAGGAUGGGGAGAACGGGCUGGAUGUGGGCGCUUUCCGCCCCUACAGCUGCGGCGAGACGCCGCCGCGGUGCGGGCAGCACAUCUCGGGGCUGGUGAGCGUUCACCUCCAUGGCGUACGGGACCUGAAGCCACCACGGGCCGAAGCCCGGGAGGUUUUCUGCGUGUUGCAGGUAGACGCGGCCAACCGGGCUCGCACGGCUUUGCUGCCCUGCAAGACGGCGUUCCUCGGCCUCAACCAUACCUUCAACCUGGAGCUGGAGGGCGCCCGGCACCUCAAGGUGAUGGUCUUCUCCUGGGAUCCCACAUCCUGCUGCCACGGCACCGUGGUCCUGCCCCACAUCUUCAGAGGUUGCCGGGCCCAGCAGCUGGCGGUGCGGCUGCAACCUCGCGGUGUCCUCUACUCCAAAUUCACUUUGGUGGAGCAAUGGGAGAGUCCCGGUGAGCGGGAGCCCCGUGUCUUCGGGAUCCUCAAGGAUUACCUGCGGGAGCUGCCCACGCCGCUCAUCACCCCCACGCUCUACCACGUCGUGCUGGAGGCCAUGGCCAAGCGACCCCCCCGGAGCCCCCCGGGAGAGCGGGACGCUGUCACCCUGCUCGACUGCCUGCCUGAUGUUGAGAAG